CCCACACCCUUCCUUCCUCUCCCUCCCCCAGAGCCGUGUGCUUGGGCCGUGGUAGGCCGACCAGGGAUGGGGACGGGGGCCUUUGCAUGGCGCGAGCAUCCUGGGAGAAAGCAGUGACUGGAGGCGGGAAGGGCAGAGCAGAGGGGACCGGCCAGAUUUAUGUCUCCUGUCUCCUCUGACCCACACAGCUGCCUCUCAGCAGCACGUGGAGUUUUCCACACCAGGGCCCCCCCACUCAGUUUCCUCCAAAACCUCCGCCCUUCCCUCCCUUUGUCUUCCUGUGCCCCCCCCCACCAUCCUCCUUAGGGAGGGGCCUCUGCCCAGGGGCAGGAAUGGGCAUUUGGCACAGAGUCCUCAGAGUUCUUCAGAAAAGUUACAGACUCAGGACAUCCCCAGAGAUGGAAGGUCGGGACCCAGUCCCCACCCAGCCUGCUUUGCCCCACACCCACCCCGUGCCAGGCUCAGCGUGGGCCUGUCUUACUUCACUGCAUACCUCUCGUUCCACAGCCCAGACGGCCUGGCCUGGGGGGAUAGGGGAGGAGGCACCUGAGGGGAGCACCAGGGAACCUGGCCCCGGGAGGGGCUCAGUGGGGGAUACACUUGGCUCAGUGAUGUCCGCGUGAGUGCCCUGUCCCCUGGAGACGGAGUCCCUGCUGCAUUUGGAGGAGGAGAACCACAGCUGUCCCGGCUGUGGCCUAGGGGCAGGAAAUGAUAACCUUCCACACCAGCGGGACAGGUGCUCAGCAGGCGUUCAGCGUGGGCUUGGGGUGGGGACCCGGAGGUUUCUAAUCCGUCAUAAUUAAUAGAGCUGGUGACAGUUCUGAUAACUGAGCUGCUUAGAUUAGCCAUGGGAUCACAUCCUGGGCCUGUGAUUUAUCCCCCUCAGUGGCCCUUGGCAGCAAGAUCAAGCUUGGUGCCGAGAGGCAAAGAUCAACCCAACGGGGGGGGGGGGAAUUCAAGUUUAGGAAGUUGAGGUUUGGAGGAAAGCAGCCCACUGGUGGCCUCACCCCAGCCGGUGGUACCCAGUCCCCGGGUGGUCAGCAAGGAGGGAGCAAUUCACACUUGCCGGGAGCUUUUGAUCCGGAGUCCCAGGUGUUAGUACGCCGCAUGGGGCGAGGAAGCCAGAGGUAGCUCACAGAAGCAGGAACAAGCUUAGGGGCUCACUGCAGCCCGAGUCGCUCUGGGAGAUGCCGGGUCUGGUUUGAACCUGGAUUGGCCGGACUCCAGAGCAGUGGGUUUCUCCCAGAUACUCUGGUCCCUUAUUCAAUCUGAAUCUUCCUUGGAGACUCAGUGGCCCAAACCCUAGGUCUUCUGCGUCUCUUAAAUUGUUCUCACCAACAUCCAGGAGAGUGGCUCUGCUCCCCGGAUCCCGCCACACCAGAGGUCUGUCUGUGGGCGCUCUCUGUCUCUCGGUCACCUCCUCUCUCCUUGUCCCUCUUCUUCCAUUCUCUGCCCCCCCCCAUGAAGGCUGAGUCAGAGACGCUUCCCCUUGGCUCCGCUGCCUCCCAUGGGGGCCCCUCCUUGGCCGUAUCCGUUUGUUAGCUCGUCACUCCCUCAAGUCCUCUCCGCCCCCCUCCUGGGGCGGGGAGCCCAGAGGCUGGGGGAGGGGGUGGACUUUUGGCCCAUUUCUUUUAUUCCCUCCAUCUCUUCGUCAACAGCUACCCGGUGCUCUAGGCUCAUUCCUCUGCCUGGACCUUCCUGGAAGCAGAGACCCAGAGAGAGGGCCGGGGAUAGAAACCGGGAGACAGACCUGAGGCCCAGACUGCAGCCGGCCCCCCUUCUCUCUCCUCAGCCUGCCUUAGCAUCCCAACUUAGCCAAAGCCCCUCAGGUUCCCCAGGGGCUCAGCCCCCUCCCCUUCUCUGGGGCCCCCAGCACCCCUCCGGGCCCUGCAUCCCACCAUGUCGGUGGCCGUGGAGACCUUCGGCUUCUUCAUGGCAGCCCUGGGGCUGCUGAUGCUGGGGGUGACCCUGUCACACAGCUACUGGCGGGUGUCCUCCGUGUACGGGAGCGUCAUCACCACCACCACCAUCUUCGAGAACCUCUGGUUUACCUGUGCCACCGACUCCAUGGGAGUCUACAACUGCCGCGAGUUUCCAUCCUUGCUGGCCCUCUCUGGGUACAUCCAGGCCUGCCGGGCGCUCAUGAUCACCGCCAUCUUCCUGGGCUUCCUGGGCCUCUUCCUAGGCAUAGUGGGGCUGCGCUGCAUAAGCAUCGGGAACGUGGAGCUCUCCAGGAAGGCCAAGCUGGCGGCCACUGCGGGGGCCCUACACAUACUGGCUGGUUUCUGCGGGAUGGUGGCCAUCUCCUGGUACGCCUUCAACAUCACCCAGGAAUUCUUCGACCCCUUGUAUCAAGGGACCAAGUUCGAGCUGGGCCCCGCCCUCUACCUGGGCUGGAGCGCCUCCCUGCUCGCCAUCUUGGGCGGCUUCUGUCUCGGCUCCGGCUGCUGCCGCGCUCCCGACGCGGACCCGGCCGCCAGGCUCGCCUACGGGGCCUCCGCGGUGCAGUCCCCCGGCCUCGCUGACCCCCUGAGCUCCGCGGCCUUGGACGAAGACGGCGACAGCACCUUUGGCAAAUACGGGAAGAACGCUUACGUGUAGGACGCCUGUGGACCCCAUUCCGCUCCCACUGCCCCCAGAGGAGAGAGGUCCCCCGAACCCCGGGUUGCAGGCCACGCCCCGACUCCACCCCGUGCCCGGAAGCCACGCCCAGCUCUGACCACGCCUCCGGUCCCGCCUCCCUCCCCGGCCACGCCUCCUGCCUGCCAAGAACCCGCCUCCUGAGAACUCCCUGCGGACUCCUGGGGCAGGACUCCUGGGCGCUGAUUGGUUAAGGGGGCGGCGGCGUCCCCUACCGUUUGUAUUCUGUAUAAAUACAUGUAUAAAUAAAUUUGUACUAUGAACUGUU